CGCGUUCAGGAAAUAACUUCAAGGGCGUUAGCAGUCUUUCUUGGCGCGCCAGUUUUACAUGAUCAAUUUUUUUCCAGUUUUUCUGCAUUACCGCACACCUUUCGUCCGCUUCUUUGUUGGUUGUCGUCUGCUAUGCUCAUUAUAGUGGCGGCCAUCGCGACAGUAAGCGUACCUCUUCUUUUAGUGACAUAUAAUAAAGUAAGACCCUACUUCUCUGUGACUGUGAAAUGUUGGUUUUGUGGAAAGAAAACUGUUGUUCCUUACGGAAAUAUCAAUUGUUGGGAUUGUCCAGAAUGCGAACAGUACAACGGAUUUCAAGAGGACGGCGAUUACAACAAACCAAUUCCCUCUCAAUAUGACGAGAGCCUCAACUUUGCCUGCGCUGGAGGCCACUACGACAGCUGCUCCGACGGACUACACCUGGAGUCGGAAAAUGGACUCUGCCCUACCUGCAAUUACAAUCAGCUGGUUAAAAUCCGACUGCUUGCAAACUUCGAGCCUCUCAAAGAAGAAAACUACGAGAGCGAAGUGGACGCGUACAAGACACAUCUAGAACGUGUGUACGGAAUGUGCCACGAAUGCAGCUUAUACGUGCAGCGGAGGUUGACCGAACAGGACUCCUUCCUGUGGCCUCAGCUGCGGAACUUCUGGCUCGCUUCGGGAAGCCUUCUACAGACUCAUAGCACGAGAGGUCGCCUGGGAUUUAGCUUGAUGCUAAUGACCGGGUGCCUGAGUUCCUUUGUAGCAUCGUUGUUGCUCCUGGGACUGUUUCAGAAGAUACACCUCGCGAUCGUCUCCCCGUUCUUGAUGAAAGUGUCCGGUACCGCGCUCUCGCUCGGCUCAGUGCUGCUCGCUGGCAGAGAGCAGUUUGGCCCCGUGGACCUUUUGCUCUGCUGGUUCUGGUUCAUUUCUCACCUCCUGAGCCUUCCCUGCAUAUCAACAGCCAUGGAGUUGGAACAGAUGCGGAGGCUCCAGGCACUAGUGAUCGGAGCUGCCGCCCUCUUUGCAGUCGCCCGUGUAGUCCUGUGUGCACUGCGGUUGAAGCGCGGAAGAAUUUCGGAAGUUAGAAAACUCACGACAAGCACUAGAAUGACAAGUCAACCUGUCCUUGGGGAGAAGUUCGGUCUCAACCAAGCUGCUGAUUCAAAGUCAGUCAGCAGUAGAAAUUGUACAGAGUCAGCCAUGUCGUGUAAACAAACAGAGAGGACAGAAAAGAAAUCGACGCUGCACGAGAUGAUGGGAGGAUUUCACAUAUCGCCAGAAUCUGCUAAACAUUCUAGUCACCGCUCUGAUGUCAGCGGUCGGUCGUACCUAUCCAGCCGGACGAGUGUCGAAAAGGACGAGGGGGCGCCGUUGCUGUGGCCCCCUAAACUCUCUCGACUCUCUUCAUCUUCAACCAAGGAGUCCUGGAUGGUUGGAGGAGCAUGGGUCGUGGGCGGAGGACUGUCGGGGGGCACGCCACAGAUCAACUGGGGCGUGAAGCAGGCGUACGGCGUUCUUACACCACCCCCUUCACAGACCGGUUCGACAGCCAGUUUCCACACUGCUUUACCAUCGAGGAAAACCACAUUUGAAAGCUUCCAGUCGUUUGGAAACCCCGAACACGCGGGAAACGUCUGGCUCAACCUGAAGAGCCGGGCAGAACCCCAGAACUUCUACUCGGCGACGAAAAACAAGCCGUUCCUCGGAUUCGGACACUCUGCCUUCACCGCGGUCCCUCAGCGGAGAAGUGGAUGGUGUUCACGUUCCACACCGGACGACCAGCGUCAGAUAGCUUCCGGUGCCUCAGCGCAGCUACGCUCUUCGCCUCAUCAGCGGAGCUACGCUCAUUCGUCAGUGAGUCAGGAUACCUGUGGCGAGCGGUCGAGGGCAGUAUCUUCGGUGACUUUGGGUCGUCAAGGUUCUCCCAGCAACAAGUCCAGAAGAUUUUUAUGGCAAAACUUGUUCAUGUCGUUCAGUGUCGUCACCAAUAUUUUAUUGUUCACAUACUUCAUGAUCGAGCCCACAACUUGGCCAGCUUGGUUAUGGCAGUUUCUCGACAAGUUUUUCUAAAUGUAAAAUGCCAGUUUUGUUUUCUCUUUUAAUUCUGCGAUACUUGAUUACCUCAAUCUGCCCACCAUGACAGUAGUGAACGGAACAGUAUCUCGGUGGAAUUGUACGAAAGACGCCAUGCAUCCACCACCAUGCACGGCAUUAAACACUGCCAUCUUGUUGAAGAGAUAGUUGAAGGAUAAGACUGUGUGUUGAUAAGAAAAACGAGAAAAUGUAUCUAUUAUGUUAUGUACAUAGUUGUGUUUUCUGUUCAGUUUCAUUCAGAGUGUACAUUUGGAAGGGUUAGGGCUGUUUUUGGAGGAAGCAUACAACAAUUUUGUUUGUGAUAUAGCGUGUAAGAGAUAUUUUACUCUCGUGAAAAGUACACUGCCUCAAUUUUAUAUUACGAUGGAUCGACGAUGAUAAUUGCAACAAAUAUGGGAUGUGAUUUUAUUGAAUGUCAAAUAAAUCUUAACGCAAGUUUU